CAAGCUUCUUAGUCAUCAGCAGCAGCCAAAGGUUUCUUCUUUUUUCCCUGAAAACAAAGGAUUGGAAUCAGAGCUAGACAUGGAGAAUUUGAUGGGAUUGUUGAGAAUUCAUGUGCGAAGAGGGGUGAAUCUUGCCAUCAGAGAUGUUGUAAGCAGUGAUCCCUAUGUAGUUGUCAGGAUGGGGCAUCAGAAAUUGAAAACUCGGGUGAUUAAGAAGGAUGUCAAUCCAGAGUGGAACGACGACUUGACUCUCUCCGUUGCAGAUCCUACUCUUCCAGUUAAGCUUACUGUAUACGAUAGAGACACGUUCAGUUUAGACGAUAAAAUGGGGGAUGCAGAGUUCGAAAUCGGGCCAUUUGUAAACGCAGUAAAGAUGCGUCUGCAAGGCCUUCCCAACGGAACCAUAAUCACCAAAGUUCAGCCGAGCAGGCAAAACUGUCUGUCGGAAGAGAGCUGCAUCAUUUGGAGCAAUGGGAAAGUUGUUCAAGACAUGUUCUUGAGGCUCAGAAACGUGGAGACUGGUGAAGUUGAGCUUCAGCUGGAAUGGAUUGAUGUUCCUGGUUCUAGAGGACUUUAACUACUUCCAUUAUUUCUAAAAUAUGGGAGUUCCAAAUGCAUUCACACGAGUAUAUUCCAGUAAUAUAGCUUAGAUUAAGUGAUUUAUGUCGUUAUAGUUGUUGGGUAGUCUAAUUAAGACAGAAUGCAUAUAUAGUAGAUUUUGAGUGUCAUAAGCUGGGACCAAUCAGCAGUUACUUCUUUGUUCAUACAUGCCAAGGAAAUAGAUUA